UAAAUAUGAAAAAAAAGUCUGUUGAAUUAUUUGUAAUUAAAUGUAUAUUUUGUUUAGGCCACGUAGCUUUAAACAUCUAAAAGAGCCUACAAACGUGCAGACAGCAAGAGAGUAAGUAAAAUAUAGGUGAAUUCAUCAAAGCAUUUUGUCAGAGAUUAAUAACACCUGCUCAUGGAUCUGACGGUACACCUGCUCUGUCUGACCUGCUUGAUGGCGUCGGUGUUUAGCCAGACAGCUCCACUCAAAUGUAAAAAAAACAAAAGUCUGCCAACGGACGAAGUCUACACAACCAGGUACAAGCAAAUCUGUCUAGAGUUCCACAACACGCCCCAGUUAUGGUCAGAAGCGAAGGAAACGUGUAAGAAAAGUGAAAGAUUUCUGGCCAAACUAGACACCGUUGACCUCUGGGGUUUUGUACUCGAGAUUACACGAUUUCUGGCGUGGGAUGUUUAUUGGAUUGGAGCCCACAAUGAGGCCGGAAAACUUGAGUAUAAAUGGAGCGAUGACACGCAGGCAGAACUGUUCUGGGGGAAAGAUCCGGCUAAUUUGGAAGCCGGCCACUGUGCAGUGAUGCAAAGUUCCGGUUAUGUGAAACCCGAGGAUUGCGAGAAGAAGCACAAGUUUGUCUGCACCUCAGCCAUGCCGGCCAAAAAAGUGAAACCACAAAACACAACCGCUGCUUGAUGUGAGACAUUGUUGAGGAGCUUUUGUGUGUGUUUGUUUUGUUUUACUUUCUUUGAAAGUUAAUGUCAUAAAAAUUAAAUUGUAUAAAAAUAAAUGUAUUAGACUAUGAAUCAUCAUUUGAAUUAAC